UACAUUUCCACUGCACAGUUUACCUGCAACAGCUGAAGAUGCUUAGGUUCCUUUUACUUGCUACACUCGUCCUCUGUGGACAAUGCUCUGAAGACCUAAGCUUUCUUGAAGAAAAUGGGCGUGUGGUAGGAGGAACAAACUCAGCCAAGAAUGCCUGGCCAUGGCAGGUUUCCCUGCAGUAUCUCUCUGGCAGCAGCUGGUAUCACACCUGCGGUGGUUCCCUGAUCCGUGCUAACUGGGUCUUGACAGCUGCUCACUGCGUAGACAGGGUUGUUUCCUUCCGUGUGGUGUUGGGAGAACAUAACCUUAGCUUGAACGAUGGAACUGAACAGGUCAUUGCUGUACAGCAAAUCAUUAAACAUGCAAACUGGAACACCAACAACGUUGCUGCUGGUUAUGAUAUUGCAGUCCUUCGUCUGGCAUCAAAUGCUGUUCUGAACAGUUAUGUGAAACUGGCUACCCUGCCCAGCAGUGGAACUGUCCUUGCCCAUAACCAUGCUUGCACCAUCAGCGGAUGGGGCAGGACCAGCACUGGUGGAGCUCUUCCCUCUAUCCUUCAGCAGGCUCCUCUCCCUGUGGUUGCCCAUGCCACCUGCUCUACCAGCUCUUACUGGGGCAGCACAGUCAAGACCACCAUGGUGUGCGCUGGUGGUGAUGGAGUCCGUUCUGGUUGCAAUGGAGACUCUGGUGGACCCCUGAACUGUGCAGUCAGUGGCGUAUACCAAGUUCACGGUGUGACUAGCUUUGUGUCCUCCCUGGGAUGCAACGCUUACCUGAAACCCACUGUAUUCACAAGAGUUUCUGCAUACAUCUCCUGGAUUAAUUCUAAUGUCUACUAAACAGAACUUUUACAUGAACUAACUAAGACAUAACCAAGAACAUCAAUUCUUAUUAUCUAUUGGAUAUUUAUGUUUUAAUGAAUAAAAACAAAUUAAAAGAAUUCUUUUGGAAAGUUG